AUUAAAUGCUCAGUCUCUCUCGCGCCUCUCUCUCUUCUCCUUCGUCUCUAUUCCUCCGCUCAAACCAAAUCUUCCCUUUCCUCUGAAAACCUCAAAUCACGGAAACCACCGCUACCGUCCUUCGUCAUCAGCCUCCUCAACGUUUCUGCUGUUCGAACAGCAGAUAAGAGGGAGAUGGGGAAGUACAUGAGAGAAGCUAAGAUCGCCGGCGAUGUGGCGGUGAUGGAGCUAUCACAGACCACAAUUGGCGUUCGCACUCGCGCCCGAACCCUAGAACUACAACGCCGUCAAUCAGCUUCGCUGCCGCCGAAUCUAGACUCCGGUUAUCUCCAGCUCCGCUCUCGGAGGCUAGAGAAACCCCCGACCCUCCCCGUUAAUACCAAAAAAUCACCCAAGCGCAACCAGAACUCGGGGUCGAAACCGGUGAGCUCAGCGCAAGACCUGGAUUCCCAUCAUUCGGAUGCCGAUUCUAGCUCACGGGUCAGAGUGAAUUCGGGUUCAGUAAAGUGUGAUAGUUACAAUUUGAGCUUAGGGACGACUUCGUAUGGGAUAGACAUAGUUGACACUGAACCAAGAGACAGGGAAACCACUCCUUGUAGCUUUGUAAGUGAGGAACAAGACCUGAAUGCCCUUGGUUCAGUAACAGGGUGGGCAAACAUGAGUUAUCUUCCUUCAAUAGGAGAAAUGGACGAAUUCUUCAUUCACUCAGAACAGAAACAGCAGACACUUUUUAUUGACAAGUAUAAUUUUGACAUUGCCAAUGAUAUGCCUCUGCCUGGACGUUAUGAUUGGGUGAGAGUGAGUCAAUAAUUGAUCUCAAUAUUUACUGCCCAUUCUUUCUCCAAUGCCAAAGAAGUGAGGAAGCUAAUUGCCGCUCCUAUAGUUUUAGGCCCUCUAUUUAUUGUAUUAGCUGUAGACUUGUGUAUGUGUAGUUUACAAUAAUUACCAUUAGGAGCGUCAUUAUUGUGCAUUAUAUUAACAUUUAGGAGUUACUUUUAUGAAAUAGCUUCUUGCGUUUCCAUCUUUGUAAUAAUAAUAUAAUAUGCAAGAAGCAGAAAUGUUCAGUCUCGUUUGAAUAAAGUUUGAUUGAAUUACUUGCAAUUAGAUAAAAAUACAAAU